GCGUAUUUCUGUGUUCAUCGUUAUUAAUUACACACUUGCUGACACCUUUUCCUCCUAAUCACCCUCGCUAUUCGCAACGGAUGGAUAGAGCGAAGAAAAAAAAAUCAUAAUAAAUAAUUAAUUUCACUAUCACUAGCCAGCCUAUUAACGCACGGCGGUGGUGGUCGCCAAGAAGAUUAACGGCUAAUUUGCGCCACUUCGCGAACCACUUUUUGCUCUUCGGCAAAGUUCGCCGACGAAGACAGAGGAGAGGAAGAGCGAAAACAAUGUUCAAGGUGGCUGCCGAAGUCACCAAUUAGCAUACAAUCGCGUACAGGCGCAGCGCCAGCGUCACAAGAAGCGGGAAGAGAGGGGAAGUGAGAGCGGGAAAGAUUAGCGUGGAAAGGGGAGAGGAAGAUCGAGUUAAGUGGGGAGAGAGGAAUGAGGGUGAUCUUGUCGUAAAGAAUGAAGAAGAAAAAGUGAUCGCAGUAGCGCAGCGCGGUGAGCAGAAAUAACAAAAUUCACGCGAAGAAAAGAAGAGUGUGCGAAAAGGAAGAGCGAAGGAAGCGUCGAAAGGGUUGAACGGAGAGUGAGGAGGAGGUGAGAAGGAGAGAGAGGAAAAUUCAAUUCGUGUUUCAAGCGCAGUUUUGCUCGUCGGCACGACGACAAAGUCGGGUGAGAAAAAGAAGUGGAAGAAGCUGAAAUUGAAGUUAUUGUUGAAACCAAAUAAAAUUUUGCGCGCGCCGUGGCGCUGAAGAAAACAAAGUAAGCGAAGAAGCAAACAAGAGCAAAACAGUGCAAAGCACAAGUUUGAAAGUGCUAAUAAGUAAUAAUCAAUGCUGGCACAGUGAGAAAACAAGCUGAUGGGGAAGGAAGAAAAAAGAAAAGAAGUUGAAUUUAAGCAUCAAUAAAAAAUUUAACGGUUUCACGAAGCAAAAAAGGAAAUAAAAAAAAUCGCUGAUUGAUAAAUUGAUUGAUUGUGUUUUUUCUCCACUCUGUUCCCCGUUCAUCAUGGUGCAAUUUAGUGUGGUGCUCGCACACAAAUCCGCGUGUAAGUGUGUGUGUAAGCGUGAUCGCAUCCAAUAAAAAGUAAUUAAUCGCAAUAAAAGCGCGACGAAGAUCAGAGAAGGAAGAGAAAGUCAAAAUAGGGAGGAGGAGGAGAGAGCGGUGCAAAAAUUAUCUUUCAAUUUGCUUCGGGGUUUUUCUUCCCCUCUCUCGCUCAGAUCGAUAAUGCAGAGCUGUGAUGUGAAUCCGGUUUCGAUUGCGUGAGAGCAACAAGGGCGCGCCGUGUAAUCGAGAAGAAGAAUAAGAAGUUGAAGAAGCGAUCUCUUUGCUGGAAGCCGCCGACUUUUCUCGGUGGUCGUCUGCGAAGAAAAGAAGAGAAUCGCGAGGAAGGAAAAACACAUCAGAAAUUCAAUCAAGUGUGAGAGGCUGGUGAACCUUGGUCAAAGAAGAGAAGAAGAAAAAGAUCAAGAAGAGGAGCAGUAAAGGAAGGUGAGAAGUGCAGCAGAAGCGUCGUCACCAAGCAGAGAGAGAAGAGCUCCGGGAAGGAGGACUAAUCUAGAGAAAGAAUCAACGCGCGCAGAAAUGUAUCCGGCGCCAACGAGACAUCCGUCCGCAGCGGGUCCACCCCCGCAGGGGCGGCAGUUUACAAUCGCGGAAACGCUCGAACGGAUUAAGGAGGAGUUCAAUUUUCUCCAGGCACAGUAUCAUUCAUUGAAGCUAGAAUGUGAUAAACUCGCCAGCGAGAAAACAGAAAUGCAGCGACAUUAUGUCAUGUACUAUGAAAUGUCGUACGGCCUCAACGUCGAAAUGCACAAACAGACGGAAAUCGCCAAACGCCUCAACGCCCUAAUUGGCCAGCUGUUGCCUUUCCUGGCCACGGAACACCAGCAGCAGGUGGCACAGGCCGUCGAGCGGGCGAAGCAGGUCACGAUGCCGGAGCUAAACGCGAUUAUCGGGCAGCAACAUCAACAGCAGGGAAUUCAGCAACUUCUACAACAGAUCCACGCCCAGCAGAUCCCCGGCGGACCGCCGCAACCAAUUCCGGGGCUGGGCGCGCUGGCCGGACCGCUGACCGCGUUCGGUGGCCCGAUGGGACUGGGACCGCACGGCGGGGCGGUACCGCAGAGUUUGCUGAAGGCUCCGCCCGACCUGCACCGGGAGGACCUGAAGGUGCCCCUGGGGGGACCGUCCGCCGAGGAGCGCAUGCGUAACUCUGUCUCACCUGCCGACCGUGAAAAGUACCGGCCCCGAUCGCCCCUCGACCUGGACAGCGAAGCCAAGCGGCGGAAAGAGGAAAAGCUUAACCACGAAAGCGAUGGUGACAAAAGUGAGCAGGAUUUAGUGGUGGACGUCGCCAACGAAACGGGAACGCCAUCGCCCCGGCCAAACGGUGACCACGCGUCGCUGGAGAGCCGGGACCGGGACAGCGUCGGGCUGAACGGCAGCGACAAGGCCGGCUCGAGCAGUUUGAAGGGUGCCAACGAUCGACCCCCGUCCCGGUCCGGGUCCAGCUCGUCCCGGUCGACGCCCAGCCUCAAAACGAAAGAUCUCGACAAACCGGGCACCCCGGGCGGCAAAGCGCGCGUCCCAACGCCCAACUCUUCCACCCCUGGCGGCGGCGUCCCCAAAGCAGUAGUACCUCCCACGGCGGCCGGCGGCUACCCGGCCUCCCCAUAUCAGCGCCCGUCGGAUCCGUACGCGCGACCCCCGCCCGACCCGUACGGCCGGCCACCGAUGCCCUUCGAUCCGCACGCCCAGCUCCGAACCAACGGCGGAAUCCCGCUGCCCGUCUCGAGUGGUAAACCUGCCUAUUCAUUCCACAUGAACGGCGAGGGCGGACCCCAGCCGGUGCCCUUUCCGGCGGACGCCCUAACCGGGCCCGGAAUACCGCGGCACGCCCGCCAGAUCAACACGCUGUCCCACGGGGAGGUCGUGUGCGCCGUCACCAUCUCCAACCCGACCAAGUACGUGUACACCGGCGGCAAGGGCUGCGUCAAGGUUUGGGACAUCUCCCAGCCCGGCAACAAGAGCCCCGUCAGCCAGCUGGACUGUUUGCAACGUGACAACUACAUCCGCUCGGUGAAGCUCCUCCCGGACGGCCGAACGCUGAUCGUGGGCGGCGAAGCGUCCAACCUGUCCAUCUGGGACCUGGCGAGUCCGACGCCCCGCAUCAAGGCGGAACUGACAUCCGCGGCGCCCGCCUGUUACGCCCUCGCCAUCAGUCCCGACUCGAAGGUGUGCUUCUCGUGCUGCAGCGACGGCAACAUCGCCGUCUGGGACCUGCACAACCAAACGCUCGUCCGGCAGUUCCAGGGCCAUACGGACGGGGCGUCCUGCAUCGACAUCAGCCCCGACGGGGUUCGGCUUUGGACGGGCGGGCUGGACAACACCGUCCGGUCGUGGGACCUGCGGGAAGGUCGCCAGCUGCAGCAGCACGACUUUAGCUCGCAAAUCUUCUCGCUCGGGUACUGUCCGACGGGUGAAUGGCUCGCCGUCGGAAUGGAAAACUCCCACGUGGAGGUGCUGCACGCGACCAAGCAGGACAAGUACCAGCUGCAUCUGCACGAGAGCUGUGUGCUGUCGCUGAGGUUCGCCGCCUGCGGCAAGUGGUUCGUGUCCACCGGCAAGGACAACCUGCUGAACGCGUGGCGCACGCCGUACGGUGCGAGCAUAUUUCAGUCCAAGGAGACCUCAUCAGUACUUAGUUGUGAUAUUUCGACCGAUGACAAGUACAUUGUGACCGGUUCCGGCGACAAGAAGGCCACCGUGUACGAGGUCAUCUACUAGAGCAGCACCGUCAUCAUCAUCACCACAGACACCAUUCAAAAACAGUCAAGGGUAAUGUAACACAAAAUCCAAGAGAAGGAGAAGGAAUCUUCAAAAAGUGACUUAAAACCGCGUGUCAAUCCCAAACAAACGCUUCUUUACAGUAGCUGUAUCAGUUAUGCGAGAGUGAAACAAUGAGAGAAACAUUCAAUUUGGUGAGAAUUUGUAAAAAUCUGCGUAACAACUCACAAACCAAGAGAAAAAAAUAACACGCGCUGAGUGUAACAAAGUUAAACACGGUGACAAACGACAACUUGCUAAAAAAAAAAAGAAACGGAAAAAUGCUACAAAUGUUAUGCUGUAAGAAAGUAUGAUUUAAGUAAUUUAAUAAAAACAGUUUAAAGGUAAACGCGCAACACAGAAUGCCGCCCCCUCCCUUUAAAUGGUCAAAAAUCAAAGAAUUAAUUGUAGUAACUAGCGGAAAGGUGGCGACAGCAGAAACAGCAGCAGCAGCAACAAAGUAAUUUAAAUUAUCAAAGUGAUUCUCGUAAAUAAAUGCAGAGUAUUGUACAGUAUUUGAGAACUUCGUAAUGUUAAUUAUGACUAAGACCAAAACGAGAGAAAAAUACAACCUAGUGGAGAUCCCUGGAGGUUUCAAAUGCAAAAAAAAACUAAAAUUUGUCUGUAAAAAAAAUCAAUUAAAAUUAACUCAAAUCAAAUUAUUUUGGUCACCCCCAGUGAAGAAGCAUCCGAACCUCGAUAUCGAUGUCAGUUACUAAACUCCAGUUUUUGAUUUUUCCAUCAUUUUUCUCAUCAUCUUCCUUCCUACAAACAAAAUUUAUCAACAGCAACAAAACGUGUCAAGUCAGAAGAAAGGUGUACAUUUCUCAUCGCACUCAUUAUCGCUUUGCGGCAUCCCAUUUUCAGAACGACUAGAGUGCGCACCCGAUCGAUUAAUGAGAAGAAGAAAAAACAUGUAAUAUCGAAUGCAUUUAAGGCCAGAAUCUUUCUCUGCUGCUAAAGUGUCGACGAAAAUGAGAGUUGAAAAUAGAAUCAACAAGGUGAAAAGAGUGUAAAAGCGGCAAACACUGGAAAGUUCAAUAUAAAUAUUAUAAAUAAAUAUUUUUAGAAAUGAAAAAUUAAA